AUGAACCACGAUGAAGACACCAAACCGAUCAUGAUGGAUCUGGAAAUGAACGCCAGCAUGAGCGCCACCGGAAGCGUGAGGAGCGACUCCCUCGGCGCAUUUGAUCCCAUCACCCAGCAGAACGGUCCGAAGCCGCCCAUUAAGAGGAGAGCUCCGAUCGCCUGCAGAAGAUGUCGUCGCAUGAGGAGCAAAUGCAUGCACGACAAGGCACAACCACCAUGUAAAUCUUGCGCGGAAGCCGGCAUACCGGCCAAUGAAUGCGUCUUCCCUCAACGCGGCCAGCCGGAUCUAGAUCGCGAGUAUCGGCACCCUCGCUUGAGGGCAGAGAAGACCGCCAAGCGAGAAGCAGAAAAGGCGAAGCGCAGCGCGUCCGUUGCGUCCGUCUCGCAGGGGCUGCCCUUGCCAGGGCUUGGAAAAUCCGUAGACGAAUGGGACUUUCUCCCGCCACUCCCCGAGAUCAUCGAUGCCGUGCGUAUAUUCACGCGGAAUUACUUCCAGCUAGGCUUCAUCCCGAAGGAGCUAUUCCCACUGCAGCUAGAGCGAGACCACCGUUCCGUCAGCGUGUUCCUCCUGCUCGGCAUCCUCAGCGUCUCUGCCCGCUUCUCGCCAGCGCUGGCCCAGAGGUACCAAGGGGAAAUGAAGGCCGUGGACUACUUCAUGGAGCGAGCCAGUAUCAUGGCUUUGAACGAGUUAUACCAGGAACCUACCCUGGAGCGCUGUCAGGCCUUUUAUUUACUGAGCCUUGCACAGCAAGGGGGCGGUUGGAAGAAUCGAAGCUAUAUCAAUAUCGGCAUUGCUACUCGAAUGGCUGUGUUGAUGCACCUGCAUCGUGAAGAGUUUUAUAAGAUGAAAAAUCCUACUAGAGAAAUGAUUAUCAGGGCUGAAUCCGCAAGGCGAACUUUGUGGAUGUUGCACAGCCAAGACAACCUUCACUGCGGCGCUCUGUCGCCCGUCUCUCUCGCAGCCAACGACAUAACGGCGCUGCUUCCUAGCAAUGAGGAGGACUUCGCCUGCGGCCGCGAGCCGCUCUCCCGCGCAGCUCUCGAAGAUACGCCCCCAGCGCGCGAGAAUCCGUCUCUGAUCCACCAACCGUCCCGGUCUCUGUUUGCGACCCUGAUGCAGGCACACUACUAUUGGGGCAAGAUUGCCCGUAGGGCAAUGGCCACCAUGAAGAGCGCCGAGCCGUGGGACCCGACGAGCGAGUACGCCAUCAUGGCGAAACAGUUGACGAACUGGGAACAGCGGCUUCCGCAAGACCACAGGUGGAGCAUGGUCCUGCUCAAGGGGCACAAGUCGGUUGGCGAAGAUUUGGCUUACCUGGGAGUCACGAUGGUUACGAAGCUCUGCAACAUCGUGGUGAGAAGAGCAUAUCUUGAUAACAUCAUCAAAACGGACGAAAAAGACCCCCGGCGCCGAAACUUCUUCGCCCGCAUGUCGGAUGAGCUUUUCCGCAACGUACGGGAACUAUACGAGCAGGUCGACGCCCAGUUCAGCGUGCGGUCCCCAGAAGAAGGAGUCGGGGCACAGAUGGCAUCAUUCUGCGUCUACAGUUGUGGCCUCUUCGCCACCUAUCUGGUCAAGUACAAGAACAUCUGCUCGGACAAGUCCAUCGUCAGACAAGCCCCCAACAUGCUUCAGCGCUGCAUGUCUAUCCUCAUCGAGUCUAAGCAGACCUGGCCCUUGGCCUCGCGCUGGCUCGAGUCACUAGAGCGUUUCUCCCGCGAUCCCAAAGCAGCUGCCUUUAGCCUUGAAGGCAGCAUGGCCGACGGCAAUGACCGCACGCUCCGCCCGUUGCAUCCGUCGUCUUCCAACUUCCCGCUCCCGCGUUCAGAGACACCCAAGUAUCAGCUCCCCGGCCCACCGGCAACGCCUUUGGACGAGAAGAAGCCGCUGCCGCCAUCACUACGGAAUAACAGCAUCAGCAGCGGCACAGCAUCCAAUAUUCUCCCUCCCCCGAGUCCAUCGCCGAGCAUACAGCACCAGCAAAACAACGCCCCAUUUCCGCUCCCGCCGCUCACGAACGUGCACCAGCAGCCACAACUUCUCCAUCAGCAGCAUCACCAGCAGCCGCACGAGCAACACCAAUUCCACCAACAGCAGCACCAGCAACUGUAUCAUCCACAAAACCAGCACCACCGCCAACAUCAGCGGCAGCAGCACCAGCAGCACCAGCAGCACCAGCACCAGCACCAGCAACACCCGCAACAGGCUCCAACACCCCAACCUCAAAUGCAACAGAUACCCCCCGAGAUGCAAACACACUUCUCUCCACCCCUGUACUCCCAGGCCCCCCCGCCGUACAGCCCGAACAACGGCAUGGGCAUGCUCGUGCAGGCCGCCGCUUUCGACACGGCGAGCCCACCCAUGAUGGGCGCCCCGUCGUCAACGAACCCGUACGACCCGACGGCCGCGGCCGCCGUGGCCGCCUUCUACAGCUCGCCGGGGGCCGCGUCCAUCGUCCUCGGCCCAGGUACCGAUGGCUUCGAAUGCGAGCUGCAGAGCUGGUUCGACGGCACAGCCCCCGUCCAGGCGACAAGCUGGACCGGCAACGGCGCCGCCGGUCUCGGGUGGUUCGGGUCUAACACGCAGUCAUAA